UGCUCUCAAAUCAGUUUCGGCGAAAGAUGACCGCCAAAGCCAAAUUUCGCGAUGGUCACCACAUGCUUCUUCACUUCUCUCCCUCCUCCGCCUUCUAUCCGACCGAACCAACAAUAGCCACGUCUACUACUAGAUACUAGCUUAGUAAGAGCCCAGUUCAGUUAGUUUGACCAUGCUUCUGAGCCGCCGCAACAGCAGCAACACGGACCGACCGGACAAUCUUUCGACGGCUGCCUCGAGUGACACCGGGAGCAUCGCGAGUGGUAGCACUGCACCGGUUACGCCUCGUUCCAACAAAUGGACAUUGAGUGGCAGCAUGAAGAAAAGAGCGUCAUGGAUCAAUCGAGACAAUAACAAGAACAGUGGAAAUAUCCCCAAUCAUUCCAAUGAUGCAGAACAAGAAGAACCCAGCGAACAGGAAAAAAACAUUCUCAACACGAUGCAACGGAAUCAUGAACAACACAUUCAAGAGCUGCUGUCGCAACUGGCAGAUUACGAAGGUAGAGAUUCAGAGCAAUCGGAACAUUUGCAGCUGUUGAUUGGUCAGAUUGAAGACAUGUCGGCACAGCUGGAUGCUCGAGAACAGGAACUGACCCAAGAACGAGAGGCCCAUCACAAGGCACAAUUGGAAAUGGAAGAAUUGGCCGAUUUGUGUCUCAAAUCCGAUGAACAGCAACACUUGUUACAGGAAGAGAAUGAAAAAUUGAGACUGGAUUUGGAGGAUCAACAAUCAUCAUCAUUGCAACCACAACCACAACAACAACAGCAGCAGGAAUCCAAAGAAAAGGAGACCACCACCAACAACAACGGCAACGCCCACGAGGAGCAAGGGGUCGUCAUGGGGCAGAUGAUGGAAAUGUCCGUGCAGAUUGAAGACCUGUCAGCACAGCUGGUGGCCAAAGACGUGGAGCUAACCCGAGAACGAUCGGUCCAUCGAAAAACACAAAAAGAAAUGGAGGAAAUGACCGAGUUGUUUACCAAAGCAGAGGAACAGCAGAAAUACUUGGAACAAGAGAAUGAACUGCUCUUGGCCCAAGUGGAACAGCUCGAGCAAACAAAAGCCGAGUCCAAAAACAAUAAUGAGAAUAAUGACCCUGCACCAGCAGUGGAUGAUGCCAAGCUCAAGGAGCUGGAAGAGCAGAUGGCAUUGGCACAACAAGAUCACCAGUCCGCCGUGAAAGAACACGACAAAGUACAGGCACAAGCGCAGGAAGAUCAUGCCAAAGAGCUGGAAAUGGUACAAGCCAGGCACGCAGAGGAACUUGAGUCACUGCAACAAGAAAUUGAAGCAGUGAAGCAACAACUACUCGAAGAACAAGCCAAGGCAGCAUCCGACAACGAUACUGCCAACGCGGACAGUCAACAUGCACUCAUGAUUCAAACACUUCAACAAGAACUUCAAAAGUUACGGGAAGGACAUGCCACGGAAAUGGACGAAAUAUUGGCCCAACUCGAUCUGGUAGAAGAGGAACAUGCACAACAACUCGACCAAACCAAACAGGAAUCGCACGUUGUGGUCACAGCGUUGACCACGGAACUUACCACCAAAACACAACAAUGGCAGAGCAUGCAAGAGCAGCUCAUGCAAACUCAACAUCAGGAGCAGUCACUGGCGCAGGAACUGGAACACACGCGGAAUCAGUUGCAACAGGUGGCCACCGAUCUGCAAACUCUGCAACAGGAUUUCAAUACCAAAAUUGAAUCAGCACGACAACAAGCUGCCGAUCAAGCUCGACAAGAAACCAUUGAACAGGCGGAAUUGCAGUUUGAAAAUGCCAAUCAAAUGUACAUGCAACUCAAAGAUAGCUACACGGAUUUGGCAGAACAAAAGGCCAUCAUUGACGAGGAAUUGGAGCAUACACAACGGGAUUUGGAAGAAUUGCAACAUGUCACGCAAGAACAACAACAGGGAUUUCAAGCACAGCUAGAACAGCUGCAACAGGAUUUUGACCAAGUCCAGGGGAUUGCCGAGCAAGACAAGCAGCAUUUCCAAGCCGAAUUGGAACGAUUUCAACAGGUCCACGAUGGACUUGUUCAACAACUACAUCAAGCACAAGAAUCGCAUAACAUGCUGGAGAAGACAUUGGCUAUGCUGGUCAUGGAAAAGGAGUCCAUGGCAAAGGAAAAUACGGAACUCAAAGGAGUGUGCGAAGAAACCAUGGCAUUGUUGGAAACCUACCAAGCUGGGGCAAACUAACGUAAUGGGCUGGCUUUAGCUAGCAUGCCAUGAACAUACAAGAUCAGGGUUGGAAGGAAACUACUAACAACAACAGGCAGCCACCACAGUUAAUUGCGGCAUCUUUUCAAUUCCACCAUCUCACUUCCGCUUUCAGUAAGGCUGCAGGUUUCAACGGAUUGGACGUUCAGCUACAACAGCCGCAACUAACUGGAUCCACUUCAAUAAAGGGGACUUCCGCAAACCUACUUUCCGGAUACUUUCCGUACCUAGCUAGCUAGAGAAAGUUACUACCUGUAUGGGUUGGAGUGGACUAUGGCGAGGAUGGGUUUUCAGAGGAGGAGGGCAGGAUGCAAGAGUGCGAGCCGAACAGCCAAGUGAGCAGAUCAACGGCACAAACCAAAGAAGGAUUUUGCAUCAUCUCUCUCACGAGGAUGCUGGCUUUGUCUGGCUGGCCAGCUACACGUAAUUUUUUAGUAUCCUAGCUAGCUGGAGUGUCCAGCAGCCAAACAGCGUUGCUCGUUCUAUUUUGCAAAACUAAAGAGCGUCCUGAGUGAUGAGUCGGUCAGGCCCACUCCUGGUCAGGUAGUUGGGAACAAUUCCUGGUUUCUUGGCUGGCACAACUGCCAAGAUUUUUUCUUGCCGUUUCAUUCUUAGUCGGAAUGACGUCCGUUCGUAUGGUCAUGGAUCGGCGCACGGGCAAUCGGUGCACCCACAUAGCCCGUCACUACUACUACCGGUACUACUACAAUCAAACACCAGACCCAACCCCAGGCCACAGAGAUCGUAUGGGACAACUCCGUGGAAUGAAUUCCAGUCCAGCGUGAAGGUCACCAAGGAACCAUUGACCGCCAAUACCUCGAGUUCUUGCGGAAUCGACCCGAUGAGGCGGUUCCGAUCGAGAAACAACGAUUCCAGUCGAUCCAACCUUGCCAGUUCGGACGGGAUGGUUCUGUCAAAAUUGUUGAUACUGAGGGAGAGGCGCGUCAACCGGGACAGCUGUCCCACUUCAGAGGGAAUGGACGACUUGAGUCGGUUGCUGCUUAACGAAAGCCACGUGAGUUGGGUCAAGAAACCAAUUUCGGCCGGCAAUUUCCCUUCCAUGGCAUUGUUUUCCAGAUUCAACCGUUCCAAGUUUUUCAGUCCUGACAGCGGCAAUGGUGACAGAGGUCCCUCCAGUUUAUUGACUCCGAGAUCCACGUGCUUCAGGGACGUUAACAGCAUGAACAGUUCGGGAGGCAACGUUCCCACCAGAUUAUUGUCGUAGAGUGACAAGCUUUCGUAGACUCCCUCAUUGAGCGUAAAGUAGGUGGCGGAGCCACACGGGCCGGAAGACCCCACUCGUUGCACGUGCUGCCAUCCACACUCGUGUGAGUUGGGAUGGAGCCAAGAUCGAUUGUCGUUCCAUUCGUCUCCGUUGGUGGCGUAAUACACUAAUUAAGUAAUAAUGAUGACGACGAGAAACAAUGAAACAAGUAGCGUGCAUUAGUCGGAAUGAAUGAUUGAUUGAAGAAGUGACAUGCCUGCCCCUCUAUCAAGCGGUACAUGUAGUCUACUAACCUGUGGCCAAGGCAAAUCGUUGUAUGACUCUCCACUCGGGAUACGCACUGUGACCAUCCACCACAAAUUGCAGUGCUUUGGCUUGCGGAGAAUUGCUGUCGGCAUCAAUUCGGAGCCGCGUUUCCAUGGGAAGACUAUUCAUGAUUUCCAUGCGUCUGACCGAGGUGGGUGCCUGAGACGGAGACAGGGUGGGAGCAUUGGAUAUGGAAGGACUCAUGGAGGGAACGCUGGACUUGCUUGGGGCGUUGGAUGGUUGUGGUGUUGGGGGCGCGGAGGGUUGACUGGAAAUGGAUGGGAAAGAGGUUUUAGGUGUUGUGGGAACCAUUGGUUGUGUAGGCGCGGGACGCUGUUUUGGCCUUGUAGUAAUAAUAGUAGUCUCUUGAUUAUUAUUUUCAGUGAUACCCAGUGCCACGGACAUGCUCACCACGAGAAUCAGAAGGAUAAGAGUGGUAACACCAAUACAAAUCACGUGCCACCGUUCCAGAUCUUGCAGCAGCGAAUAUUUCUUCCACCAUUCAUCAUUGGGAGGCAGGGGUUGUUCGUCUGGCAGUGCGUCCUCCAGAUGAUCGUCAUCUCCAAUAUUUCCUUCUGACGUAGUUGGUGGCGGCGGAGGCGCUAAGACAACAACAUUCGCUUCUUGUACAGGUUGCGGGAAGGCUCCUGGCUGCGGACCAUUGGGAUCAUAGCCUGGCUUGGAGGUAUUUCGAAACACGUGGCGAUCCUGUUCUGCGGCGUAGCGAGGCUGAGCCAUGGCGGUGGGAGGAGAGUCAUUGUCGUUUGGGGCCCUUGCCAUGGACUGCAGCUGUGCUCCCAAUGUGGCGGCGUCUUGUAGUGAUGCUCGUCCACGCUGAAGCUGGAGCUGCAAGAGAGCGCUGUCCUUUUCAUUGCUUACUGUUGUCAUGGUUGCAUGCAUUGAUCUUUUGUUGAAGAUAGAGUGCCCCCUCCGUGCCCUUCAAAAGCAAACGAGCGAAAGAUCACGUGGGAAAAUAAAUGAUGACCAUCCGUGAUACCCCGUCACCCCGUCGUUAUCGGAUCUUGCAGAACGAUCGUUUGCAGCUUUGCUUUUGAAAGAAGGCUCGCUGGCGUCUCGGUAUCUUACUGUUCUCUGCAAAUACGUGAAUGCGGCACUAGCUAGCUAGCUAUGCAUACGUACAGUAGACUAGUACUUUGUAUGUGCUUUCUUGGCUGGUUGGCUCGUUCCGAUCCGUGAAAUUCAAUCCACUGCCUCACCAACCAUCGCUGGCUUCCGAGACCCAGAUGUUGAC